CAGCUGUGGGCCAGACCACGCAGUCUGGAAGCCUGCGAGGACACCCAGGGAUCUGAGCUCUCCCUCCCAGGCCCCUGGCAGGAGUUGGAAGAGGAAAGGUAGCAGCUUCAGCAGCAGGACGUCCAUGGAACAGGAGGACACAGAGAGGAGACCCUUUGAACGCGUAUUCCUGUACUUCAAAAAAAAUAAAGUGAAGAUUUCAACAGCAAUAAAAAAGCCAUUUCCCUUUUUUGAGUUCCUCCGUGACAAUGAACUCAUCACCAAUAAAAUGUAUGAUGAUUUUCAAGAUUCCUAUUCAAACCUGGUCCCUUUACAAAAAGUGGUCUACAGAGCCCUGGAAGAGCUGGAGAAGAGACUUGACCUGGUGGUCCUGAGGGUGCUGUUCAGUGAGGAAAACUUGAGGGCAUACCCUGAUUUGGAACUCAUUCUCCAAAGCUUUGAAAAUGUCUUACAGAACAAACUGUGUUCCCACGAAAGUGAUAGAGGAGACCCGAACUCCCAGCUAAGUCUUGAACAAGGACGUGAUGACAGCUCUUCUCAACAAAGCCUGACCUGGUCACCCUUAGAUCCCUCCUCAUCUGAUGGCCAGAGAAUUAGUGAAAGAAGAAAUGCCACCAUCAUCCAGGGAAAUCAAACUGAGAAUCAUCAGUCCACCAGCUUUCAGAUUGACAAUGUCAUGAGUUUACAAGAAAAUGGACUCUCAGAAGACCAAGCAACCACACGUCAAGGACCAGAUUCUGAGCCAGAGGAGUCCUGUGAACUAGAAGUCCAACUGAGUAACAGUGAUCCGUACCUGGAGCCUCACAGCCCAUUGCCCUGGAAUGAAGAAAGAGCAGAAGUACGAAGCCAGGGAACCCAAAUUUAUCCUUGUUCCGUGCAUCUGGUAGAUAUAAAGCAGGAAAAGUCAUUGUUUGUCUCAGGUGGUGAAGAGACCGAAGCAAGGACCAGCCACAAUCAGGAAGAUGAGGUUAUAGUCCUCAGCAGCGAGGAUUCCAAUGAUGGAAGCAACUGCUGGGAAGAAUCCACCCCAGUCAUCUGCCAGUCAAAGUCUGUGGAUUCCAGGAAAACUUUCACAUUCAGAAAAACACUCAGGAGAAGAGGUUACACACUGAGGCGUAUCAACUCUUCUUCACAAAGAGGCACAAAAAGAGGUCCGAGAAUUCCCAGACAACACAAUGUGGAUUUCAGCAGCCCUGAGCUUCCGGUGACCUGUGGUAUUGCUAAGGGGAUUCUGUAUAAAAAUAAAUUUGAGGAAGGCAUCCAUGUUAAGAGCAUACGGAAUGCGGCUGGGGAAUGGUUUGCUCUCAGGGAGUUUGAAAUCAUAGGAAAGCGUGAACAAUCCAAGAACUGGAAGCAGAGCAUACGUUCCUAUGGAUGGACCCUGAAAGAACUGAUAGAGAGGGGAGCACUACCAAGCCCACCAAGUAGGAAGGGAAAGAAGAAAAACACACCAAAUCCACAGCGAACAAAGAGAAAGCUGGAAAAUUCAAAACAGUGUACAGUGUGCGGCCAACGACGGAGGUUGUACCAUUGUACUAUUUGUAGAAAAUUCUAUCAUAAGAGAUGUCACAUCCCACCUGUGGAAGUCAAGAGAGGCCUGUGGAGUUGUGUCUUCUGCAAGACAAAGGAUCAGUUAAGAUGCCAAGAAAAUCAAGCACGUCUUAAGGAAUCUGAGGUCCUGAGGUGGAGGAUGUUGCCUGAGAAGCAGCUGAAAUGUGAGCUGCUUCUCUUGACUAUGUACUGCCAUUCAAAAAGUAGGUUUUUUAUCCACAAACCAAAGCAAAAUAAAGCGGACUUUCCAGGCCUCAAGAACAUGUGGCUAAACAAAAUCAAGUACAGGCUGGAAAAGAAGGCAUACCAUUCUGUACAACGUUUUGUGGAGGACAUGCGCCUCAUCUUUCAGAAUCACAGCAUAUUUUAUCAAAACCACAAGUUCAACAAUCUUGGAGUCACAGUAGGAGGGCUGUUUGAGAAGACUUUCAAGAGGAUUUUUUCAAUUGAAGAUACAAGCAAAUAACUUCAACCUUGUAACCACAUUGUUUUAUUAACAUAGUCCUUCUGUUCUCUCCACUACCCAUCCCUCCAGCAAUGCUCAGAGAGCCCACUAUCCACUCUAACCUUCUGUGUAAACAGCCUGCCACACUUCUGCUUCUCACCUUCUGUAUUGCCCUUCCUGUUCAGUUAGCCUCCUAAGUAAAACUUAACACUUGCUAUGCACAUCACAGUAGUGAACGUCAGGUGCUGAGGGAACCCACUGAGAACAUGACUCUGGAAGCAGGAUUGUACCCCUCCCCCCAUUUUAAACCCAAGUAUGUUUGUCUCCAAAUGUCCUCCAAAGCAUCUUUUCUAAGGAUGGCUUGGCUCCUCCAACCCAGUGGCUGGAUAGAGAAACCAGCAAAACAGGCCAAGAGUGGAAACACUGUCUUUUGGAACAGCUAGAUGAUGAACCAUUUCUAACAGAUACUGUACUUGUUUAUCCUGUUUAUUCUUCAACCUGGAAGCCUCUCCAAGAUGCUAACUGCUCUGCCCUGAUUCCACUGGGAGCUCCACCACCCCCUACCUCCAUCUCUACACAACUUCCCCACACGAUUAACAAUGUUUUGUAGUUUUUAUAUUUA